UUUAAACCAGCAUCUGCAGUUCCUUCCUACACAUGUUCUGCAGAGACGCCUCCUGACCUGCUUAGUUACUCCAGCCCUUUGCGUCCAUUUUUGUAGUUCCUUGUGUCUACUUCCUACUAGGUGUCCACUUUAUCAAAGGAGGCAGAGCCAACCUUGUAUAACGGUAGUGUUCAAAUGGUCUCGUCCUUGUGGCACCAUCCACCUCCUUGUGGCACAGCUCCCAUUCUAUUUUUCAGUUGCGGAAGGGUGGUGCAAAUGGGGCAGAAUGAAGCUCGACAUGCAGAGGAUUUAGAGAAUGAACUUGAUGGCAGCUUAUUAGAUCUGAAGACUCUGGUUGAAAACCAACUACAAACAGCCAUGAUGAUGGGAGUAAUAUUGGGGGCUGGUGUGGCAAUCGUUCUGAUUGCCACCACCAUUCUCCUUGUUCACAGGCGGUUGCAAGAGAGAAAGAUUCAAGCUCAGGAAACUCCCAAAUACAGAUUCCGAAAACGUGAUAAAGUAAUGUUCUAUGGCCGCAAGAUCAUGAGAAAGGUGUCCCAAUCCACAUCUUCCUUUGUUGGAACUUCGAUAAGACAAAAGUUCAAAAGGAAACAAAAAAUGCUGAUCAUUGCAAAACGGUUCUUGCACAUUGUUAAGGAUCUUCCAACCCUACAGCCAAAGGAGCCUCCACCCUCCGUUCUCGAGGCAGAUUUAACUGAAUUUGACGUUGCCAGCUCACACUUGCCUUUGGAAGUUCUGUACAUGCUGAAAAACGUCAGAGUUCUGGGCCAUUUUGAGAAGCCUUUGUUUCUGGAGCUGUGUAAACACAUGGUCUUCCAGCAAUUUCAGCAAGGGGAGUAUGUCUUCAAACUGGGAAACGCGGACAACUGCAUCUACGUGGUACAGGAUGGCAAACUGGAGCUCAGUCUGAUGGGACCUGAUGGUAAAGAAAGCGUGGUAAAGGAGGUUUUCCCUGGUGAUAGUGUACACAGUUUGCUCAGCAUUCUUGACGUCAUUACCGGUCACCAACGGCCAUUCAAAACCGUGUCAGCCCGAGCUACUGAAGUAUCAACUGUGCUCUGCUUGCCCGUGGAAGCCUUUCAGGCAAUUUUUGAGAAGUAUCCAGAAAGUUUGGUGAGGGUGGUGCAGAUCAUCAUGGUGAGGCUGCAGAGAGUGACGUUCGUAGCUUUGCACAACUAUCUGGGCCUGACUAAUGAACUGUUCAAUCAGGAGAACCAGCCUUCGCGCCUGGCUCCACUGCCGAACUCUGCCACUCGCAUGAGCCCUGUGCGACACAGACAGUUCAAUAGUUCAUCGCUUGCUGAUGAUCAGAAGGAUGCAGCUGGGAAGUCAAACUCUGAUGCAGGGACCGAGGGACCAAAGGCACAGACUUCAGAGAACAACCGGGCUGCCUUGCUGAGCCGCUGUAUAUCCAUGCCCGUGGACAUUUCGGGAAUACACAAAGGAAUGUGUUCAGAUUUUGAUAUGGCCUACGAGCGUGGGAGGAUCUCAGUGUCUCUGCAAGAGGAAUUGCCAUUUAGCCCUUCAUUUAGCAGAUCAGCACCACACGAUACCAGGGAACGCAGGUCCGUGACCGUGGAGGGCCAACCCUCAUCCGUGCACCUUUACCCCGAGGAUGAACCAGAUGACAUUGAUGGAGCAUUUCAGGUGAAGCACGUUGGAACCAUUUUCGAGGAGGCAAAGCAGGAGCUCUUGAAGUUGAUGCGGAUUGAGGAUCCAUCACUUCUUGACAACCGGGUAACGCUGCACCAUGCCAAAUGUGGGAGUCUGCUCGCCCGUGAAGGGGAUCAGGACGUCAGUUUACAUUUUGUGUUGUCCGGCUGCCUGCACAUUUAUCAGCGGACGAUCGACAUGGAGGAUGAUGUGUGCUUAUUUGUGACCUACCCUGGUGAAAUGGUGGGCCAGCUCGCCGUCCUAACUGGGGAACCUCUGAUCUUCACCAUCAAAGCAAACCGUGACUGCAUCUUCCUCAAGAUCUCCAAAUCCGACUUCUACGAGAUAAUGCGUGAACAGCCUAAUGUGGUCCUCAGCACUGCACACAAUGUGGCUGUCAGAAUGUCUGCAUUUGUCCGACAAAUGGACUUUGCAAUUGAUUGGAUGGCAGUGGAAGCAGGCCGUGCCCUCUACAGGCAGGCUGACCGAUCGGACUGCACUUACAUUGUGCUGAACGGACGCCUGCGAUCGGUGAUCCGAAAGGCCAAUGGCAAGAAGGAGCUAGUGGGAGAGUAUGGACGUGGAGAUCUGAUCGGAGUGGUGGAAGCCCUGACACACCAGCCCCGAGCCACCACGAUGCAUGCCGUCCGCGAUUCGGAACUGGCCAAGUUGCCCGAAGGGACGUUGAACAACAUCAAAAGGAGGUAUCCUCAGGUAGUCACUCGGUUAAUUCAUCUGCUGGGUCAGAAGAUCCUCGGGAACCUGCAACAAGUACACGGACCAUUUCCAGGCUCCAGCUUGGGACUGUCGACAGCCAGCAGUGCUGAUGUCACGAACCCAACCAGUAACCUCUCCACCGUGGCUGUGCUUCCCGUCUGCGAUGAGGUGCCGAUCGCUGCCUUUGCCAUGGAACUGACGCAUGCACUCAAUGCCAUCGGCCCAACAUUGCUGAUGACCAGUGAUAUCAUUAGACAGCGCCUUGGUGCAUCAGCAUUGGACAGCAUCCAUGAGUACCGUCUCUCAGCAUGGCUGGCCCAGCAGGAGGACCUACAUCGGAUCGUGCUGUACCAGACUGACUACAGCAUGACGCCUUGGACCCAACGCUGUAUUCGACAAGCUGAUUGCAUCUUGAUAGUUGGUCUUGGAGAUCAGGAACCCUCCUUGGGACUGCUGGAGCAGAUGUUGGAGAACACAGCAGUGCGAGCACUGAAGCAACUCAUCCUGUUGCACAAAGAAGAUGGCCCCAGUCCUUCCCGGACCGUCGAAUGGCUGAACAUGAGGAGCUGGUGCUCCGGGCACUUCCAUAUCAAGUGUCCACGCAGAAUCUUCUCACGUCGGAAUCUUCAAAAAUUGACGGAGCUAUAUGAGAAUGUCGUUCAGAAACCCGCGGACCGACACAGUGACUUCUCCCGUCUGGCCCGGAUCCUAACGGGGAACACAAUUGCAUUGGUGUUGGGAGGAGGAGGAGCCAGAGGAUGCUCGCAUGUGGGUGUAAUAAAAGCCAUGGAGGAGAGUGGAAUCCCAGUCGAUAUCGUUGGUGGAACGUCCAUUGGGUCAUUUAUUGGCGCAUUGUACGCAGAGGAGCGGAGUGCAGUGGGGACCAAGCAGAGAGCGAAGGAGUGGGCAAACGCCAUGAAUUCUGUCUUUAAAACAGUGUUAGACCUGACCUACCCCAUCACAUCGAUGCUCUCUGGCUCUGCUUUCAACACGAGCAUUGCUGAUGUCUUUGAGGAUAAACAAAUUGAGGACCUGUGGAUCCCGUAUUUCAAUGUGACGACUGAUAUUACUGCGUCUGCAAUGAGGGUGCAUAAGGAUGCAGGCAGCAUCUGGCGUUACGUCAGAGCGAGUGCAUCUUACGUCCCUUAUUUGCCUCCUCUCUGUGACCCCAAGGACGGGCAUUUGCUUGUGGAUGGCUGCUAUGUAAACAAUGUCCCAGGCUCGCUGUGGCGGUACGUGCGAGCUAGCAUGUCCCUCUCGGGAUACCUGCCGCCACUCUGUGACCCCAAGGACGGACACUUGCUCAUGGACGGAGGAUACACCAACAACCUGCCAGCUGAUAUCGCCAAAACGAUGGGUGCCAAAACAGUCAUUGCUAUUGAUGUGGGAAGCAGGGAUGAAACCGAUUUGUGUAACUAUGGAGACAGCCUGUCGGGAUGGUGGUUGCUUUGGAAACGCCUAAAUCCAUGGGCAGAAAAAGUCAAAGUCCCAGACAUGUCAGAAAUCCAGUCACGACUGGCUUACGUGUCCUGUGUCCGACAGUUGGAGGUGGUGAAGAGCAGCGCCUACUGUGAAUACAUCCGCCCACCUAUUGACAGGUUUAAAACCAUGGACUUUGGCAAGUUUGAUGAAAUUUAUAAUCUCGGCUACCAGUACGGGAAGGUGGUGUUCGGCAACUGGAACAGAGGAGACAUUAUCGACAAGAUGCUGAAGGACAGAAAGUCAGUUGACUACUACGAAAUCAAGAAGAAGAAUGCCUUUAUGUCCUCCAACGCUGCGUUCACUGACCUCGCUGAGAUUGUGUCUCGAAUUGAGCCUCCAAAGACCUACAACUUGGCUGACGAAGAGUCCGAUUAUCUGACUGAGUAUGAAGAUGAUAUAAUGGAUGCAAUGAGGGAUGAAGAUGACGACCCAGAAGAGUUACCGGACAACGAGGAGCUGGGUGAUCAGGAAUAUCCCGACCAAGACCAUUCUGCUAUGGAGUGGAACAUGGACCCGGAUGAAGAAACCGAUCUCAGAAACCGCAGGCCUGGUGGCAUCGGCAGCGAUCUGGCAUGCCCCUCUCCAUCCGACAGUGAAGUUUAAACACGGUUGAGGCGGCCCUGCACUGCGCGCUUACCCGAACAUACAACCCACAGUUCAAUAAUGGAGCUAAGCUAAGCAAAGGAAUCUACAAAAUUAUGCCGUUGAACGAGGGGCAUCUUACCCGGUGGUCUGGGAAUUACUGUUGCUUUUUUAUAUUACACAUCCUUCCUCCUCUUUCAUUGCAAGAGCGGUUAAUAAGAAGCGGCCAGGGUACGGAUGGCACAGACAUCUGCAGUCGGUGGAGUUUGUGGUUACUUGUGAUGUUCCUGUUUAAUCGGGAAUUGGUCCGCUUGUUCGGGUUUUCCCCUAGGGGGAAGUGUGAGGGGAUAUCGGGAGACCCACCGCAAGGGUCUAGUGUGUCUGUUCCCUGUUGCCCUCCUCUCCGGCCCCACCAUCAACACAUGCUGGGCUGGGCUGGGCUUGCCUGCUCCGUGAAGCUCGGCUGCCGUUACUGCUGCAAGAACCCACCCACCCACCCACACGGAAAAGAAACUGAGUUGUAAGCGUUGCACCGAUUGCUGGUGGACGGCUUUGCCGACUGCCCACCGUAAGCCCCCGCGAUAAUCCUGCCCGCGAUCAGUGGUCCCACGGUACAGAGAUGAAGCCCAAACUCUCAGCUCAGACGGUGUGCUUGUGUAGGAAGGAAAUUGCAGACGUUGCUUUACACUAAAGACAGACACAAAGUGCUGGAGUAACUCAGCUGGUCAGGCAGCAUCUCUGGAGAAAAUGGAUAGGUGACGUUUUGGGUCGGAACCCUUCCACAGACAAAGAUAGAGGUUAGGGGUGGGCAGCUUUAAAGCCCUGUCCCACUGUACGAGUUCAUUCCAAGAGCUCUCCCCGAGUUUGCCCUGAUUCAAACUCGGAGAUUUACGGUAAUGGCCACUCGUCGGUACUCGGGGCUCUCGUGGACAUUUUUCAUCAU